UCGAUAUUCUGUCAAAGUUUGAAAAAUGGCCGAACGUAUCAUCCCCCUAAGCACAACCCUUGUAAAAUAUGACAAUCCAGUCCUUGUUACGAAACACGAAGAAAAGAAACCUACUCUUGCUAAGGAGCGCUCAGCUGAAGAAUCGCACACUCGUGCCAAAUCCGCGGCGAUUCUAACCGACGCCCGUCGCGAAACCGAAGAGAUCCUCAACACGAUCCUCCCCCCCAAAGAAUGGGAGGAGGAGGGCCAACUAUGGAGGCAAAACGUCUCCACAACCCCUGCAACGCGUCUAGACGUCAUCAAUUUACAAGAACAACUCGAUAUGAGACUACAACAACAACAAGCCCGCGAAACUGGGAUUUGUCCCGUACGUCGCGAGUUGUACACUCAAUGUUUCGACGAAAUCAUCCGACAAGUGACGAUCAACUGCGCCGAGCGCGGCCUACUAUUAUUGCGCGUGAGGGACGAAAUGCGCAUGACCAUUGAGGCCUACCAGGCCUUGUAUUGCAGCAGUAUUGCGUUCGGGAUGCGCAAAGCGCUACAAGCCGAACAAGGCAAGAGUGAUUUGCAACAAGAUGUUGAGGAUUUGAAAAGGGAAAAACAAGAAUUGGAGCAUCAAAUAAUCGAGUUGAAGCAGCGRGCGGAACAAGCCGAUCGACGAGCAGCCGAAACGAGGUUAGCCGAAGAGAGGAAGCACACUGAAGAAAUAGCCUUCUUGAUGAAGACCAAUCAACAGCUCAAAACGCAACUCGAGGGCAUUAUAGCACCCAAAAAAUAACACUAUUACUUAUUAAAAGCUCAAAAAAGA